GUCGAAUUGCUCGGCUGGUUUGUCUGGGGGACAGCUGCUGCAGUUGAGGGGGUCGGCCGUCGAAGCUGGGCGAGGCAAGGUCGGAGGUGCGUCCCUGUCGCUGAUGCUGGCCACGGGAGGAAAGCAGGGCGACCCCGUGUGCAAGGUGGCGGCGGUGCCGAUCGUAACGUGGGCAGCAGCGGUGCGGGGCAGGGCGGGUGCGCGAGCCAGCCUGGCCAACGCGCGGCGCACGCGGCAGAUUGAGGUGCGCCCCAUGGACGUGCGGGCGUUGCUCAUGCUGGACCUGGAGCUCGAGAUGUGGGAGAGGCGCGCCAAUGAGGAGGGCCUCGAAGAGUGGCCCCGCGCCCUG